ACUUGUGACUUGAAUCACGAGAGCGGUAGUUCUGAAAAGAACGCAAACCACACAACGCAUUCAUCAUGCCUAGCCGUAUGCAGUCAGACGUCCCAGCCAUCGGCAUCGACCUGGGCACCACGUACUCGUGCGUGGGAGUCUUCCAACACGGUCGCGUCGAGAUCAUCGCCAACGACCAGGGCAAUCGCACGACGCCGAGCUACGUUGCCUUCACGGACACGGAGCGGUUGAUCGGCGAUGCAGCCAAGGCGCAGGCGGCCAUGAACCCCGAGAACACGGUGUUCGAUGCCAAGAGGCUGAUCGGGCGCCGCUACGACGACCCCAAGAUCCAAGACGACAUCCGGCACUGGCCCUUCAAGGUUGAGAACGACGGAGGCAAGCCCAAGAUCAGCGUCGAGUUCAAGGGCGAGCGUAAGCGGUUCAACCCGGAGGAGAUCAGCGCCAUGGUUUUGACCAAGAUGAAGGAGACGGCCGAGGCGUACCUGGGAAAGAAGGUGAGCGACGCUGUCAUCACGGUGCCCGCUUACUUCAACGAUUCCCAGAGGCAGGCGACGAAAGAUGCUGGCGCUAUCGCUGGUCUCAACGUGCUGCGCAUCAUCAACGAACCAACUGCAGCCGCGCUAGCCUACGGCCUCGAUAAGAACUUGCGUGGAGAGAAGAACGUCCUCAUCUUCGAUCUCGGUGGCGGUACCUUCGAUGUUUCCGUGCUCACCAUCGACGAGGGCUCCAUGUUCGAAGUGCGCUCCACGGCAGGCGACACGCACCUCGGAGGCGAAGAUUUCGACAACCGGAUGGUGGAGCACUUCGUGCAGGAAUUCAAGAGGAAACACCGCAAGGACCUCAGGGUGAACCCUCGAGCCGUGCGAAGACUUCGCACUGCCUGUGAGCGCGCCAAGAGGACUCUGUCGAGUUCUGCCGAGGCGAGCAUCGAGAUCGACGCGCUGUUCGAAGGCGUCGACUUCUACAGCAAGAUCACCCGAGCCAGGUUCGAGGAGCUCUGCAUGGACCUUUUCCGCAGUACAUUGGAACCCGUGGAGCGAGCGCUUCGCGACGCCAAGAUGGACAAGUCGCAGAUCCACGACGUCGUGCUUGUGGGUGGUUCUACUCGUAUCCCCAAGGUGCAGAAGCUGCUGAAAGACUUCUUCAACGGCAAGGAGCUCUCCAUGGGCAUCAACCCGGACGAGGCCGUUGCAUACGGCGCUGCGGUUCAGGCAGCGGUGCUGAGCGGCGACUCGAGCGACAGCAUCCGCGACGUACUCCUGGUUGACGUGGCGCCGCUGUCGUUGGGCAUCGAGACAGCGGGCGGGGUCAUGACCCGCAUCGUCGAACGCAACUCUCGCAUUCCAUGCAAGACGUCGCAGACGUUCACCACUUACUCGGACAACCAACCUGCCGUCACCAUCCAGGUUUACGAAGGUGAACGCGCCCUCACUAAAGACAACCACCUUCUGGGAACGUUCAACCUGAACGGCAUUCCACCAGCACCCAGAGGGGUUCCACAGAUAGAAGUCACCUUCGACAUGGACGCCAACGGCAUCUUGCAGGUCUCGGCCAAAGACAAGAGCACUGGCAAGCAAGAGUGCAUUCGCAUCACCAACGACAAGGGCCGUCUCUCGAAGGAGGAGAUUGACCGAAUGCUUGCUGAGGCCGAAAAGUUCAAGCAGGAAGACGACGUACAGCGUGAGAGGGUGGCUGCCAGAAACAACCUCGAGUGCUACGUCUAUGGAGUGAAGCAGGCUGCCGAAGAAGCCGGUGACAAGCUGUCAUCCUCGGAGAAGGACUCGGUGCUCUCCAAGUGUAGUGAAACCAUCUCGUGGAUCGACGGAAACAGCCUGGCUGAGAAAGAAGAGUACGAGCAUCGUCUCAAGGAGCUUCAGCAGGCUUGUAUGCCAAUCAUGAGCAAGCUGCACCAGCCACAAGGACCAAAGCACGGGUCAACACCUCACCACACUGGCCCCACUGUCGAAGAAGUAGACUAAGUGAUGGAACAUCACUUCGUUGUUAUGUAAAUGGACUGCGUUUAGCUAUCAUUGCAAAUGUAAAUAACAUGUACAUAUGUAGAUCACCGUCCCUUUUACGUGGUGUUUGAGGAAACAAUAUUUUCUAAUAUGUAGAUCUCUGUCCUUUUUGACGUGGUGUUUGAGGAAGCAGUAUUUUCUGUGAUAUUUCUGUGAUCCCUUGAGAACGAACAAAUUUUUGUUAUUGUCCCUUUACUGUGAUGCCUCAAUAAACAGCCUUCUCCCUUU